AUGAAGGCUUUUGCCGGAAUUCUGCGAGGGAACGUGAAUCCGAGGAAAAGAACGAGGGAGCAAACUCAAAAAAAAGAAAAAAAAAGAACGGGGGAGCGGAUUAGUCGUGAUCUGCCUUUAAUUUCGACGGAGAAGAGUCCUGACCUUCCAGAUGGUAUCUGGAUUUACGAUCCAGUGAUUGCUGGCGAAGAAGAUGUCAAGAUCGGGGUAGCAACGAAGAUCGGAAUAGAGAUUCCUCCGAUUUCAUCAUCCCCGUCUUCCUCGUUCGAGAGGUUGAAUGACAAAAGAAAACCGUAUACCACUGCCGAAACAGCCGCGCGAGCAGCGGCCAAGAGGGCGAAGAGGUUGGCAACGGCGGCGGAGAAAGCGGCGGCGAAAGAGGCGGCGGCCAAGGCGGAAGCUGCGGCCGAGGAAGCGGCGGCCGAGGAAGCGGCGGAGGCCAAGUGGGAAGCGAUGGAGGCCAAGUGGGAAGCGAUGGAUGAGGAAGCGGCCGCCAUGGGGGAAUCGACGGAUGAGGAAACUGCCGCUAUGGGUGAAAUAUCGGGGAUCGAAUUGGCCCAGAGUCUUGCGGCGAUCAAGGAAAAGAGGGAAGCGGCCGGCGAUAGGAGAGAUGCCAUCCAACCUCAUUCAGAAUCAGAAAAGGAGUCACCUUCCACUGAUGAGGAUGAACCUUUUGAUGCUGUGCGGAUGUGGAAAAAACAGUCACCACGGCCUCCGGGCAAACCUCUGACUCUUGUGCAGCGAUGGGGAAGAUGGAAGGAGUAUUACAAGAUGGUGCACGAAACCCAGGGCUUUGGGGUCACUUGGGCCCCGGAUUCAAGCUUCAAAUCUAAAUUCCGACCCUACGAAUACACAAAAAUGAAGACAAUCACUCCUGAGAUGGCCAACAUAUUUAAAGACAGGAAUACCAUCAUUGCUAAACUCCAGGGGAUGGCCCAGAAAUGCAUUAAAUUUUACAACCAAAAUCAUAAGGAUGGGCAGCAAUUCAAGUUUGAUGUUGGCAACGAGGUUGGUAACGUGGCUUAUACCCCAUACUCUGAUGCUUCUCUGUUUUUUAUCACCUUCACUGCUUCUCUGGCUUCUCCGGAUGAUGGUUCCAGCAAGAAAACUUUUUACGGGCAGUACUGUGUUUUUCAUUGGCCUGAGGGUGAUGAGCUUGAGGACCCUGAUAGGGAUGAAACUGGGGGUGGGGCAUCGUAUUGUAUGAUGAAAGAUGAUUUCGAUAAUAGUUGGAACCCGCGUAAGCCUUGCUCUCUUAGUUGUUGUACCCGGUAUAACUUCUACCCUGUUAGGAGUGUCACAUAUCGUGAUUGGGUUAGUCAGCGGUGGAAGGCUCACCAACAGGAAGAAACUGCAUGGGAGCACAAGGCCCCCGGUUGGUUGGCCGGAGAGUUGCUAGGGCAGGGAAAAUCGCAUGGAUGCACAGGCCCUGCUUCGGAGAGUUGUUUGGAGAGCUGCGUUGGAAUGGAUGCAUCUUGA